UUCACAUAUAAAGCUUAACUCUUUUCAUCUGUUUCUGUCAGUUUUCACAAAAAAAAAAAAAAAAAAAAAUCUCCAUGAGUUAGAGAGGCAAAGAAAGUCUGGGACUUCUGGAAGCCAGUAAAACUGCCUAGGAAGCCAAAAAUAAUAUCUGUAAUUGGCCUCUCACACAGUCACAGAUCCUUUGAUUCUGACUGAGCUGGCUUGUUCUGGAUGUUUACAGUUUAGUUCCUGCAUCAGUUUCAAGGACCCCCUAUACGAUUGAUUGAUUGGAAAAUACAGAUGUGAUUAGUUCAGUGUGUCUGGCAUAAUUCAGAGGUUCGGACACACUUUUACACGAAUGGCCUCUAACUCCAUGUCUCAUCUGUUUAAGUGAACAUGUUCAUAUAAUUAUCCAAUUGUGUGCGUGACAUGUUCUGAAUCAGAGUAUGAUCCUUCAUGUAGAACUGUCAAAAUUAUUUAAAAUCGAGUACUGUAUGUUUAGCAUAAAAUAUUUAAGCAGAUAAUUGCAUUGUCACUAUAUUGUGACUUCAUACCUCUUAUUGUAAAUUUUAUCUCAAAAUUACCUUUCAUAUUUUUUAUUCUGAGGUAGAAAUGGUUUCAAUAGUUCAGAGAGAGAAAUAUAAGAUUUUAUUACAUUUGAACCAAAAUCAGGUUGGCAUACGUUUUUUUUCUUCACGUGAAGAACAUUUUACAAAUCUAAAGAAUAUAUUUCCACAAUAAAAAACAUUUUUGCAAUGGAAAGAUCCCAUGGAUGUUAAAGGUUUUUCAUGGAACCUUCAGUGCCAGUAAAGAACAUUUAUUUUUAAGAUUGUAUAGUCACACAAGGAAGUCCACUAAACUGUUUUUUUUAAGCACUCACACAACCCAAUUUUAGGAUUUAUUGAUGGUAGGCAUGGACAGAUUGUUCCUAACUUCAUGAACACAAAACAUGACUGGAAAAGGAAUAUAGCUGCGGUGUACUGUGAAAUACACAAAAACAAAUCCUGAAAAAGUUCCAGAAUUGGGGUUGUAAAGGAGUGCCCUCUGUUCCACUUUACUGUGUCCGAGCAUUUUCUCAAUUGGUUACAUAUGUGUCCCCGCUUGUUAUUGACAGUCCUUAGAUGGCCAGGCAGGAUAUCAGCUUGUGGGUGAACUUUUUUUUUUUUUUACCUCAAAACAUUAUUUGUAUGACCAAAGCCUUUAAAUAGUGGAGUCAGAAGUCCCUUCACCAGUAACAGCGCAUCACAACAUGUGGACAAUCACAAGCACACUCCUGCUUACAUACUGCCUCUGGGCACCUCUCGUUCAGAGCCAGGAUCACGAGGACAUCCAGCCAGGAUACAGGAGGAACGUCUGGGAAAACAUGAAUGACUUUCUUACCAAAGGUACCAAAGAUAAAUGCAGCACAAGUGUGAUAGGACGAGGAGAACUCACUAAGCUCCGCAUUACUUGCCAUGGCACGGAGCGCUCUUACUGGUGCGAGUACCAGGGCAAGCCUCAUGUCUGCCGCUCUUACAACAAGAACCCAUCGCACUAUUUCAAGCAGAUCAUGUGGGACCUCCGCAAGCUGCCGAAUGCUUGCCAGGGCAAGCGCAUCCUCAAGCCUCAAAUGUGCAAGAGAGCUUCAGACGAGGCCAAGAUGGUCUUCACGAGCGCAUCCUUUUCAAACACCAAGCCAAUGGACAUGCCCUACAGUACAAUUACUACACCCAAACCAACUACUCCACAACCAACUACGCCGAUGCCUGUGAGUGAGGCCAAGAAACUUGCCCAGGACUACUGCUGGAACAAUUUGCAGGGUGUCUGUUCCUUUUUCAUAGGGUGGUUCAGAAACUAAGAAAAGGGUAGGCUCACAUAUCAUAUCCAUCUUAUUUUUUUAAAGUAAGAGUGGUUGAUACAUUUGGUAACUAAUUGUGCAAAACGUCCAAAAACAGUCUGUUAUGCUGCUUGAUAUUGCAAACAGUUAUUUAUCAUAUUUUUUUUAGUUCAUUAUCAUAAUCAAAAAUAUUCAAUGGUUUGUAUCACAAAUAUUUUUACUGUGCUUUGUUAUUUUUUUAGUUUACUUGUAGUGGCUAAUGAAUUGAAUGAAAAAAACUAAGAAACUAGCAUGUUUCCUCCUUGCAAUAUAAUGUUGUAAAUCUGAAGCUAAAUUGUUGCAAAUCUGAAACCUGUGUGUCCUCUCUUUAUACUACAGUAGCCACUCCCAUGUCCGCAGACGAUUAACCCAAUUCAAGAUGACUCCAAAUGUCUUAACCGCAUGAUGUUUUGGACUGACGGGAAAAAAAUGGAGGUGUUUGUUAAGACUGACAGGACUUUGGGAACACCAUUAAUAUUUUCUUAUGUAUGCCAAAUGUACAGACUCUAAUGUACAUGUAAUCAGAAUUGACAAGAUUAGACAGGUAUCAAUUAAUUUAGAUGUUGAGCAUAAUGCUGGCUUGUUUUCGUCUCCUAAUGUAAACUAUAUGAUGAGGAACUUCAUCUUAGCAUGUGUACUGUAUGCUGUAUGUGUAUUAAUCUUGCUAUGUUAUAUAUUUAUGAGUGCUGACCAACUGAGUCAACAUCUCUGAGAGCUGUGCAGCCACAGGUAACUUCAGACUGUAAUAUAUCAAUGUGAAAAUGUAUAAUGUACAUUUUAUA